AUGAACACCAAUGUUUCUCAAGCUUAUCAAAGUCCACAUGUUAUUGUAGCUGACAUCCAUCGCAGUUUGGCCAUGGCGAUGAAGCUGAAACUGUCAGCACUGCUAGUCACCGGCGAAAUGAUUUGCUUGAGAGUUUCACCGGAGAUGAAAGGCAAAGAGCUUAAGAAGCUGAUCAAAGAAGGGCAACCUUGGGAUGAGGUCACUCGAACAACUACUAGAGUGGAGAUUGUUGUUGGAGACAGGUUGCUGUGCAAUGAUGAGAAGGUGUCGGAUGCAGGGCUAGCAGAUUUGGUCGUGAAUGUGGUCUUCAAGCCAAACACCGUGAGCUGCUCCAGCAAAGAUGCUCUUGCAAGCUUUACGCGUUAUAUUGACCCAGACGUACUUUGGUUCGUGGUUGAAAUCCCUGAUGGUGACACUCGAAUUGCUGAUGAUUAA